UGUCAUUUACGGUCCAUCUUCACCAGCCGACAACCGUGUCUUUCCCAGCCGUACACCGGGGGCCUCGGUUAUCCUCUCAGCGGGCCAAACGCAUAAGACACUUCCUCAGUUUUUUUCAAAACGAAGAAACAGCGUUUAUCGAGGAAUUUUCUCUUCAGUUACAAGAAAACGCAAGAUGAAUUUGGACAGGGGUUGGAUGUGGCGCUUGCUGCUCCUAUCCUCCCUGGUUGUAGCCACAGUGGUGGCCCAGGGGAAGCUGUCGGAGGCUGAUGUUGCAGACAUCGAUGACGACAUGGGCUCGGACGAGGAAUUGAAUGUUCUGAUGGAAGAGGAGGAGGAGGAGGCAACGGUGAUGGAUGAAGAGCAGUCUGAAGAGAAAGAUAGCAAGGGCACAGCAAGUGGGAAGGCUGGCAAAGCUGAAACGGAUGCAAAUGUCUCCUUCCAGGUGACAUACGUGACUCCAGUUCCCACCGGAGACGUGUACUUUGCAGAGACGUUUGAUGAUGGAUCUCUGGGCAGGUGGCAGCUGUCAAAGACGGUGAAGGGGGACGCAGACGAUGACAUUGCCAAAUAUGACGGGAAGUGGGCUGUGGAGCAGCUAAAGGAGAACAAGGUUCCAGGAGACCAGGGCCUGGUACUCAAGUCCCGGGCCAAACACCAUGCCAUUUCCGCAAUGCUGGACAAACCCUUUGUCUUCCAGGAUGAGCCUCUGGUCAUACAGUAUGAGGUGAAUUUCCAGGAUGGUAUUGACUGUGGUGGAGCAUACAUCAAACUGCUUUCUGACACUGAUGAUCUCAGUCUGGAGCAAUUCCACGACCGUACACCCUACACUAUCAUGUUUGGACCCGACAAAUGUGGCGAGGACUACAAGCUGCACUUCAUCUUCCGCCACCAGAAUCCUCUGAACAAAGACAUGGAGGAGAAGCACGCCAAGAGGGCUGACGUCGACCUCAAGAAGUUCUACACUGACAAGAAGACUCACCUCUACACACUGGUGCUGAACCCAGACAACAGCUACGAGAUGUUGAUCGAUCAGUCCAGCGUGAGCCGUGGGAACCUGCUGUAUGAUGUGGUGCCUCCAGUCAAUCCUCCCAAAGAGAUGGAUGACCCAAGCGACUCCAAGCCUGAGGACUGGGACGAGAGGGCCAAGAUUCCUGACCCUGAGGCUGCCAAGCCUGAUGACUGGGAUGAGGACGCACCCGCUAAGAUUGAGGACCCUGACGCCUUGAAGCCCGAGGGCUGGCUGGAUGAUGAACCAGAGUUUGUCCCUGACCCAAAUGCUGAUAAACCAGAGGACUGGGACGAGGAGAUGGACGGAGAGUGGGAGGCACCACAGAUUCCUAACCCAGCCUGUGAGACGGCCCCUGGCUGUGGGGAGUGGAAGCGCCCCAUGAUCAACAACCCUGAGUACAAGGGCAAGUGGAAAGCCCCACUGGUGGACAACCCCAACUAUCAGGGAGUCUGGAAGCCUCGUAAGAUCGAUAACCCGGACUAUUUUGAGGACCUGCAGCCAUUCAGGAUGACACCCUUCAAGGCUCUGGGCUUGGAGUUGUGGUCCAUGACCUCCAACAUCUACUUUGACAACUUCAUUAUCACCUCUCACAAGGAGGUGGCUGACCGUUGGGCCUCUGACAGCUGGGGGCUGAAGAAACUGGUGGCCAGCGCUAACGAGCCGGGGAUUUUUGCUCAGCUGAUGAUUGCAGCAGAGGAGCGACCAUGGCUCUGGGUGAUCUACAUACUGACAGUAGGCCUGCCCAUAGGACUGACUGUGCUCUUCUGCUGGCCAAAGAAACCAGACGAUGACUACAUGUACAAGAAGGUGGAUGUGCCCCGGGCUGAUGUAGAAGAAGAGGAAGAGGAGGAGGAAGAAGAGGAGGCAGCAGCAGAUGAGGAAGACAAAGCGGCCGAGCCUACAGAAGGAGCAGCGGCUGCAGCAACAGAAAAAGCCGAGGAGGAGGAAGAGGAUGAUGCCGAUGCAGGAGGGGACAAUCUAGAGGGGGAUGAUGAGGAGGAGGAGGAGGAGGAAGAGGAGGAGGAGGGAGAAGGAGAAGAGGAAAGCAAAGCUCCAGAGAGAACAUCAGAAGAUGAGCCGAAGGAGGGAGGCGAUGUUGGCGAAGAGAGUCACAAACAGGCGGUGAGAAAGAGGAGGGUACGGAAAGACUGAGGACGUGAACGCCACGCCUACUGUCUCCCUGCUCCCCCAAUGAGGAGGAGGUGGAAGGGCCAUACCUGCUGCCGCUCCCCCUCUCUCUGAGCGGAGCAGCAUGUAAUUCCUCCACACCGCCGGGGAGCCUGCCGUCACCCUGGCUGCCCCAUCCAUGUUUUCUCCAUCCCUCGGCUACACCCGUCACAGGUCUGCAGUUUCCCAAACCACAUCCUGUAUCACCCCUCAUCUCGUCUCUCUUCUUCCCCUCUGCUCGUUCAACUAUCAGAUGAAUUCUGUGGAGAUUUUGUGCAUUUAGCUGUUUUCUCUCCUCCCUCUCUCUCGAGCUUCCACGCUUUCUUCAUCCCUCUCCCCCCCUCUAUAAGCCAUCGCUGUCAAAAUGCCUGUCAGCCUGAAAACCUCCGCCUCUCCCGCCUCUGUUCCUGUUCAGCCCGUCUCUGCUGUCAUUCUUCUCUCUGAAUAUACGCCACCAUAGAUCUACCAGUCUGUCUCCCCUGAGAGCGAAGGCAGCACAGAGCGUCUGCACUGCUGUCGACUCCAGUUGUUUGUACCGUUUCACAGCAUAUCAUAGGGGCUACAUCUCAGAAGUUAGACUUUUAUUCUUGUGUCCUUUGUUUUAAAGAACUCGGGCGAGGACACAGUUUGACAAAGUUGCUUCCUUGUUUGAAAUUGUUCGGGUUUCGUGAGCAGGCCAGGAGGAGAGGACGCCAGGCCGCGAGGAAAGGCUGUUUGAGAUGUUACUGCACGGUCAGAGCAUUUCAGUGAAACGUCGCCUCAGCUUAGGUUUAAAGAUUACCUCUUUAAAAUGGAUAUUCUGUUUAGAUUUUAGCUAGUUUGUCAGGAGCAUCAGUUACUUUUAUGUGUGUGUGUUUUUUUUUAACUAAGUUACAGCAAUUUAAGAAGUGAGGAAUAGCACUGGUAACCCUAUUUAUUGGUUUUGUUUGAAUUUUAAGCCAGUAUGAAUAAAGAUUUAAUAAUGCAGUGUUUUGAGUGACUUGAGGCAGUUCUCUUAAAUAUGACAUACCGCUGAUGAUCUUAUUCUGAGCCUAGGCUUGUAUGAGAUGUUUUUAAAAAACUAACCUUGUCGGCGCUUGCAGCAAAAAUAGAUGAUUUCGAACGCCUUGGUCAUCAGUUGUCAUAAAGACAGUAUAAAUACAUGGGUUCCUGCAGCAAACUGCUGGAUAUUAAACCUGUGAAGACAUGCCUCAUUCAGUCAGCACACAGCAGUGCUUUCCCAUAAUGUCUAGACUAGCUGGAGUUCAGAUCUAGAUCGUCGCCUGGGGAAGAUGUUGAUGCUAAUUUAUUUGUUUUAUAUUAUUGUCUCAAGCUUUUGUAGUUCACAUUCUUGCCAGAUGCUGGCAGAUAAUCCCUGUUUACAUUUGUUUGCAAAUUGUACAUUGCUCUUGAAAAUAAAACUAUUUAAUACAAAAGAAAAAAACCUGUUCCGUCAGAAGUCUGAUCAGAUGUUUAAAGAGUCGUCGUCUUUGGGUGUGUAGGUGACAAAAGACCCAGAGAAUGAAGUGAUCA